AUGUUCCGCUCACUGGCACCCCGCACCAUCAGGGCGACACGGCCUGUAACCCAAAGCACAUUCUGCGCCUCCAACAUCUACUUCCAGAACCGGUUACGACGAGGCUUUGCGUCGGAAGCUGAGGAGAAGGACCUUGUCAUCAUCGGUGGUGGCGUCGCGGGAUAUGUCGCAGCCAUCAAGGCAGGCCAGGCGGGCAUGAAGGUCACCUGUAUCGAGAAACGCGGAUCCCUUGGUGGAACCUGUCUAAACGUCGGCUGCAUUCCCUCAAAAUCGCUCCUUAACAACUCGCACCUUUACCACCAGAUUCUCCACGACACCAAGGGCCGCGGAAUCGAAGUCGGCGAUGUUAAACUCAACCUCCCCGCUAUGAUGAAAGCAAAGGACACCUCCGUUUCCGGGCUCACAAAGGGAAUUGAGUUCCUUUUCAAGAAGAACAAUGUUGAAUACAUCAAGGGCACUGGUGCGUUCCAGGACGAGCACACCAUUGCGGUUAACCUCGUUGAGGGUGGCGAGACCACUGUCCGUGGAAAGAACAUUCUCAUUGCCACUGGUUCGGAAGCCACACCUUUUCCCGGCUUGACUAUCGAUGAGCAGAAGGUUAUCACAAGCACCGGCGCCAUUGCGCUGCAGGAAGUGCCAAAAAAGAUGGUCGUCAUUGGUGGCGGUAUCAUUGGUCUCGAGAUGGCUUCCGUCUGGUCGCGUCUCGGCUCUGAAGUCACCGUUGUUGAGUUCUUGGGUCAAAUUGGUGGCCCCGGUAUGGACAAUGAAAUCGCAAAGCAGAGUCAGAAGAUCCUCCAAAAGCAAGGUUUGAAGUUCAAGCUUAACACUAAGGUCACCGCUGGUGAGGUUCAUGAUGCUGGCGUCAAGGUCAGCGUUGAAGCCGCAAAGGGUGGCAAGGAGGAGACUCUUGAUGCCGAUGUCAUUCUCGUUGCCAUUGGUCGUCGCCCAUACACUGCCGGUCUUGGUCUGGACAACAUCAGCCUCGAGACCGACGAGAGGGGCCGCCUGAUCAUCGACCAGGAAUACCGCACUAAGAUCCCCCACAUCCGCGCCAUCGGAGACUGCACCUUCGGACCUAUGCUUGCCCACAAGGCCGAAGAGGAGGCUGUCGCUGCCAUUGAGUACAUCCACAAGGGCCACGGCCACGUCAACUACGGCGCCAUUCCCUCGGUCAUGUACACUCACCCCGAGGUCGCUUGGGUAGGCCAGAACGAGCAGGAGCUCAAGGAGGCGGGUAUAAAGUACAAGACCGGAAACUUCCCCUUCUCCGCCAACUCAAGAGCCAAGACAAACCUCGAUAGCGAGGGCAUGGUCAAGUUCCUCGCAGAUGCGCAGACUGACCGGAUAUUGGGCAUCCACAUCAUUGGUGCCAAUGCUGGUGAGAUGAUUGCUGAGGGUACGCUCGCUCUGGAAUACGGUGCUAGCUCCGAAGAUGUUGCGAGAACGUGUCACGCUCACCCCACUCUCGCCGAGGCGUUCAAGGAGGCUGCCAUGGCCACCUACGACAAAGCUGUUCACUACUAGAUUCCCCAUUUUCGGUCCGGCUUUCCAUUUUGCAUCAGCGUAGUGGUGAAUAGUAUUCUGUAAAUUAUGUCUGAUGCGUCAUGCCUACAAA